UCUGCAGAAAGGUUUGUGCAGAGCCUCGGUGUGAAGCCCUAGGACCUGAUAUCAGAGAGACAGGUGUUAAGCGCUUUACAAGGGCGAGUGUUUUCAGACGUGCUCUUUGAAGCAUGCUAGGAAAUGUGUCCCUCAACACGAUCUAGCACUGUUCUAGUACAGCAGGUGCUGUAAAUGCCAUCGAGGCCCCUAUCCCCAGCAGGGUCAGUGAUAAUUUACUUCUGCCUGCAGUGCCUGUGGCUGCCUUGUUUUAUGGCUGGGUGUGCAAUCCAGCACAUUAUCCUUAGCGAAAAAGGCAGCACAGAGAUGCAGCAGGGAGCGGCUGAGCGUGGGAGGGCUGGGCCUGCCCCAUUUGGCUGCAGCCUGGAUUAGAACAACAUAAACAACAUAAAACUUUUAUCUCACGUUUUUUUGGACUGCAGAAGGAUCAGCCUAGUGGUGCAGCCUUGCUCCUUCACAAUGUUUUCUUUCCAGUGUGAUUCAGAGGAACACCGGGUAUGUCUGCUUGCAGCCUCCUGCCGAUUGCCGCUGUCACCCGUGGAAGAAUUGAGGUUUUUGGCGGCGGGGUGGGGGGACAAAGGCUGCGAGUGAAGGAGCCUGGGAGGGCAGGGAGCUGCAAGCCAGGUGUGAGGAAGCUGCGUCGGGUUCUGCCUUCUGUGCUCUGAGUUACAAACCGGGCAGGAAUGCAGCCAGCGAGGGCGUGAGCUCAGUGGAUGGGAAGCAGGAAGAGCAGUCGGUCCCUUCCGUCUCCAUCUACCUCUCCGAGCUUGGCCUUGGCCUUCCCCCACCCCUCUGAUUAUUCAUUAGCUACAGUCCAGGAAGUGCUUUGCAAAUGGUGAAAAUUAAGCCCUCAGCUUGAGGCCUGAAGUUUGCCUGACCUGGAGCUACCUUCUUCUUAGUCCGCCUGGGAGCAGGCGGAGUUCGGGGCUUUGCCUGUGCGGAUCGGGCUCAGUAGGACCCCCUUGGUUGAGGGCUGUGGUACUUCCUCCACCAGCUCCUGUCAGUCCUCCAUCAGUGGGGAUCUGAGAGACAAGACCCUGAUGCCAUCCCGUGGGUGGUUUCACCGUGACCUGAGUGGGCUGGAAGCUGAAGCCUUACUGAAGGGACGAGGUGUCCAUGGGAGCUUCCUGGCCAGACCCAGUCGGAGGAAUCAGGGGGAUUUUUCUCUUUCAGUCCGGGUUGGUGAUCAGGUAACCCACAUCCGCAUCCAGAAUACUGGGGAUUUCUAUGACCUGUAUGGAGGGGAGAAGUUUGCCACCUUGUCAGAACUGGUGGAGUACUACACACAGCAACAGGGCUCGCUGCAGGACAAAGAUGGAACCAUCAUCGACUUGCGAUACCCGCUCAACUGUUCUGACCCCACAACAGAGAGGUGGUACCAUGGUCAUCUGUCAGGCCCUGCAGCUGAGUCACUGCUCCAGGCCAAAGCUACUCCUUGGACCUUCUUGGUGCGGGAGAGCCUCAGCAAACCCGGGGACUUUGUCUUGUCUGUCCUCACUGACCAGCCUAAACCUGGGUCUGAUGCUCCAGCUGGGGCAACUGGUGCCUCUGGGACCCGUCUCAAAGUCACACACAUCAAGAUCAUGUGUGAGAAUGGACGAUACACAGUUGGAGGUGCUGAAAUGUUUGACAGCUUGACAGAUCUGGUGGAGCACUUCAAGAAGAUUGGAAUUGAGGAGAUUUCUGGUUCCUUUGUGUACCUGAAGCAGCCCUACUAUGCUACAAGGGUGAAUGCUGCUGACAUUGAGAACAGAGUGCAAGAACUGAACAAGAAGACAGGUCUCUCUGAGGAGACAUCCAAGGCUGGAUUUUGGGAGGAAUUUGAUAGCCUGCAAAAACAGGAAGCUAAGCACCUGUUUGACCGUCAUGAGGGCCAGAGACCUGAAAAUAAGAGCAAGAACCGAUACAAGAACAUACUGCCUUUUGAUCACUCCAGAGUCAUCCUCCAGGGAAGGGACCCAAAUAUACCUGGAUCUGACUACAUCAAUGCCAACUAUGUCAAGAACACCCUGAUCAGCCCAGAUGAGUGCACCAAGACCUACAUCGCCAGCCAGGGCUGCCUGGAUGCCACAGUCAAUGACUUGUGGCAAAUGGUGUGGCAGGAGAACACGCGCAUUAUUGUGAUGACAACGCGGGAGGUAGAAAAAGGCCGGAACAAAUGUGUGCCUUACUGGCCAGAGCUGGGCAGCACGAAGGAGUACGGUCCCUACCUUGUGCAGAACACUGGGGAGCACGAUGCACUGGAGUACAAACUCCGGCACCUCUGCGUGUGCCCGAAGGAUAACGGCAAGGCUGUUCGUGAGAUCUGGCACUACCAGUACCUGAGCUGGCCUGACCAUGGUGUACCCAGUGAGCCGGGAGGAGUCCUCAGCUUCCUUGACCAGAUAAACCAGAAGCAAGAGAGCAUCCCCAACGCAGGGCCUAUUGUGGUACACUGCAGUGCUGGGAUUGGCCGCACUGGGACUAUCAUUGUCAUUGAUAUGAUAGUGGAAACAAUCUCCACCAAGGGGCUGGACUGCGACAUUGACAUCCAGAAGACCAUCCAGAUGGUGAGGGCCCAGCGAUCUGGGAUGGUGCAGACAGAGGCCCAGUACAAGUUCAUCUACAUGGCCAUCUGCCAGUUCAUAGAAGCAACCAAGAAAAAGCUGGAAGUUAUCCAGUCUCAGAAAGGCAAGCCAAAUGAGUGUGAGUAUGGCAACAUCGCCUACCCCCCUGCACUGAGGAAAGCACACCCCAAGGUUUCACGAAAACCCUCCAAGCAGAAAGAGGAGUCAACGGUGUAUGAGAACUUGGGGAAAAAGGAGGAGAAGGUGCGGAAACAACACUCCUCAGAGAAGAAGCUGAAAGGCUCACUAAAGAAAAAAUAAUCAUACACUGCAGGUAGCCCUAUAGGGCUUUGAACCUGGGCUGCAGGACUGGAGCUCACAUCCCAGCUGGCCUGUAUCACAUUCCUUGCUCUUGGACUGGAAUGAAGCCUUCCCCUUCUCUUCCAUGCCAGCUUUCAGUGCCGUGAACCAGAACGCUUUCCAGCUCAGCUGACCGACUCCGUGGUCCCUUGCCUGUGCAGGCAAAGUCUCUUGCUGCCCCCUCAUCAUCCAUUAGCAGGAAAAGGUCACGCCCCUCCUUUCCUUGCUCCCUGAGCACCGGGCCCCAAACUCACCUUUGGUGGGCCAGCUUCAGUGGAAUUCUCAGGGAAGAGCUAAGGAAGGUCAUCCCAGGAGCUACAUCUCUGCCCACUGCCGUGAGUUAAGAGUUUAGCUGGUUUGUGUUUCCUGAAGCCUCAGCCCGGGGGUUUUGGCCUGUUUCAGCUCAGCUCCUCUGCAAUUCAACAGACUUCCUCUUUCCUUAAUACCAACCUUCUGCCCCUCAUAUCCUUUUGCUAUCUCAUCCUUCACCUGGAUGCUGUAAAUAUAACACAAUUUGAUGUGAUGGCCAUAUUUUCUUCUUUGUUUGUAAAUAAACUUGUAUUUGUUUGACUA